AUGGAAGAGACCAAAGUUAUCUAUCACAUCGAUGACGAGGACACGCCGUACCUCGUCAAGUUGCCGAUUGCGGCUGACAAGGUUACGUUGGCCGAUUUCAAAAACGUCCUCAAUCGUCCCAACUACAAGUUUUUCUUCAAGUCUAUGGACGACGACUUUGGAGUGGUCAAAGAAGAAAUUGUUGAAGAUGAUUCUCCAUUGCCAUGCUUUAACGGUCGUGUUGUUUCAUGGUUGGUUGCUGCAGAAGGUAGUAAUAUCUCUGAUGGAACAUCGCAAGGCACCGAUUCUGGUCAUCAUACACAUAGGACACAAGGCGAUAAUCAAGCUGGUAAAGCAGUAUCUAGAAUACAUCAAGAAGAUAUCGGAACAUGUACUGAUACAGAAUCAUCAAUAUCAAGUUCAAUACGUCCUGGACAUCAUCACAUGUCCCGUGAAAAUCAUCAUCGUCUAGCAAAUCCAAAGUUUCUUAAAUAUAAUGGGUUAGGUAUGAAUGGCCAUCCCAAACAACACAGACCGUAUGGUUCAUCUUCUAUGCUGAGUUCUGAGUUAGAAACAACAAGCUUUUUAGAAUCUGACGAGGAUGAUGCUUCAAGUCGAAUUACCACAACAACAGGACGUGCUACUAACAUUUCAAGUGAAUGGCAGCGUUUAGCGGGUAGUGGUCGUCGCCGAACUCAACAACGGCGCAAACGCCACCAAAGACCUGCUGGUCCAGGAGGAAUGUGCCGUACAUCUUCAUUUUCAUCAGUUACUGAUUCUAGCAUGUCAUUAAAUAUAAUUACUGUGACUUUAAAUAUGGAUUCUGUUAAUUUUUUGGGAAUAUCGAUUGUUGGACAAAGUAAUAAUGGCGGAGAUGGUGGCAUUUAUGUAGGAUCUAUCAUGAAAGGUGGUGCAGUAGCUUUGGAUGGUAGAAUUGAACCUGGUGAUAUGAUAUUACAAGUUAAUGAUAUCAAUUUUGAAAAUAUGUCAAAUGAUCAAGCUGUUCGUGUUUUAAGAGAUGUGGUGCAAACUCCUGGGCCAAUUAAAUUAGUUGUGGCAAAAUGUUGGGAUCCAAAUCCAAAAUCAUAUUUCACUAUUCCUCGAACUGAACCGGUUCGACCUAUUGAUCCUGGUGCAUGGGUAGCUCAUACUGCUGCAAUGAGAGGCGAAACUUAUCCUUUACGACCACCAUCUGUAUCAACAGUUACAUCUACUAGUUCUUCUCUAGUGUCAACCAUGGCAGAGACAGAAAUAAAUGCUGUUUCAACUAGUGCAUUCAAAGAUCUUCAGUUGGACGUUCGUACUACUGAUAUGCUAAGUAUUGUUAGAGCCAUGGCUAGACUUGAUUCAGGUUUAGAGAUCAGAGAUAGAAUGUGGCUCAAAAUUGUUAUUCCUAACUCUUUCAUUGGUGUUGAUGUAGUUGAAUGGUUAGAAACACAUGUCGAUGGAUUUCAGGAUCGCAGAGAAGCAAGAAAAUAUGCAUCACACAUGCUCAAAGCUGGUUACAUCAAACAUACUGUUAAUAAAACCACAUUUUCUGAACAAUGUUAUUACGUAUUUGGUGACUUACUCUCUGCAGGUAUGGACCAAAUAAAAAUAGAAGGUGAACCAACUGAUAAUGUAGGUGUUACUAGUCGAGGUGCCUGGGAUAUGCCAUAUUCAGGAACUUUUAAUCCAAAUUCUUCGCCAAUGCCAUUUAAUUACCCAGGUGAACCUCCACGUUAUUUGUUUGACAAAGAUGAAAGUGGUUCAGGUGGUAGUAGAUCUGGUUCAGAUGUAAUGAAACAAAAUAUGAUAGGGUUAGCCAUGAGUGACCACAGUGGCGGCACAGCUCAACAGAAUUCAGUUGCCGCCCCAUCAACUGUAGAUAAGUCUAGUGGCUCUGAAAAAUCUCAAGUGAUGGCUCCACCAAAUGUACCUACUGACCUUUCAGCUAGUCAACAAUCAUUCCGUAUGGCAAUGGGAAAUCCUUGUGAGUUCUUUGUAGACGUAAUGUAAAUUAUGAUUAUUAAGGCAGCAAACAAUUUAUGUUGAAGAUACAUGAUGUAUAAUAUACACUAGUUUCAAUGUUCUAUUCACAUUUCUUCUUCAUGUUUAAAAAAAAAUAAUAAUAAUAACUAAACAUAUUAUUUCCUCAUUAGAAACGUAUGAGAAAUAAAUUGGUAUUAUUUAUUAUUGCCAUGUUCAAGUUAUAUAUUUUUUUUUUUUUUAUAUAUAUAAU